AUGGUUGUACAGAAUUGGGUAAGGGACAAGAAUUUCAUGUUUGGAAGGUUGCUGGAAACAGGAGUUAAGGAGGGUAGGUGUGAGGAAAUACUUUCGACAGCCUUUCUGGGUUGGAGUAUGAUCUCAAAUUAUGAGUUUAAUGCAUUAGGAAGAAUAGGGUUGGUGUGGAGACCAGACAUCAGAGUAACGCCUUUCUUUACAAGUAGGCAAGUGCUCACAGUCUCAAUCUGGAUUGAAGGUGGAGAGGAAUUCUUUUAUUCUAUUGUUUAUGCUUUAAACACUAUGGAAGAGAGGAUGGAGUUAUGGAAGGACUUAAAGCUUCAUCAGGAUUCCCUAAUCAUUCGCAAUAAGCCUUGGCUAAUUGCUGGAGAUUUCAAUGAAACUCUUAAUAUGGAGGAUCAUUUGUGGCAUGAAGUUUUUCCUAUGGUGACUCAAGGAAUGAGGGAGUUUGGUGAUGUUGUGCAAUAUUGUUCCCUGAUGGACUUAGGAUCGCAUGGGCCACACUAUAAAUGGUGUAAAAAACGAACAGAACGUCUUAUCUUGAAGAAGAUUGACAGUGUCAUGUUUAAUGACCACUGGCUCGAUGCCUAUCCGCAAUCAUAUGCUAUGUUUGAGACUGGUGGAUGUUUGGAUCGUCUACGCUGCCGCAUUCAGCUUCACUCGGAACUUUCGCGCCCAAGACGACCAUUCAAAUUUGUUAACACUAUCACAGAGUUGGAGGAUUUUCUACCUAGUGUUGGAAAGUAUUGGGAAAAUAUUGAACCAAUAUUUUCAUCGACAUCGUCUCUAUUUAGAUUCUCAAAGAAGCUAAAGAACUUGAAGCCUAUCAUACGGGAGUUGGGAAAGACAAGGUUAGGGAACCUCUCAGUUAAGUCAAAGGCUUAUUUUGAAGAGUUAUGCAUACAACAGGAUGAAACAAUGAGAAAUACAACACAACAAAACAUGGACGCUGAAAGUGAAGUAUAUAAGCGUUGGGACUUUGUUUAUGAACUUGAAGAGAAAUUUCUCAAACAAAAAUCAAAUAUGCAUUGGUUGGAUGUGGGUGAUAAGAACAAUACGUCUUUCCAUCGAGGAGCAACAGCAAGAGAAAUAGUGAACUCGGUUAAGGAGAUAGAGUGCCUAGAUGGAGAGGUGGUGAGGACUCCUGAACAAAUAAAAAUCGAAGCUGAGAGGCACUUUCGAGAAUUUCUUCAGUUUCAGCCAUCAAACUAUUCAGGUAUUGAUGUAGACGUGCUUCAGUCGCUCUUACCUUACCGUUGCUAA